UGCCCGCCUAGAAUCGAGGAAGCGGAUGGUGGUUGUGCGGACGCUUCGCGCCGCGGGGAGUGCGGCGGAGUCUGGGCCGCGCCCGCACCCUGGUGUCCGCCUCUCAGCCUCGCGCUGCGGCUGCUGCUGGGCUGCUGGCGAGGACACCCGAGCUGGAAGCCGGUUGGAACCCAGGCGCCUGUGCCAUGGACCCUCAGGCUUGGGCACCAGGAUUACUCCACUUUAUUUACUCCACUGGAACUGAUGAGUAUGAGAGUUAUUUUUGCCUCCUUUCGAUCGAUUUUUUUAAUAUGCCCAGUAAGAUCUUCCUAAGUCUUGGUCAUAUGUCUUAACAUUUUUUUCUGUGAUUUAAAAGGAUGAACAACCACCAAAUUGUGCAUCUUCUAAGGCAUCCAUUUCAACUUUCAUCACCAGAAGAUCAAAAAGGGUUCCAAGUUCCAUACUCGGCCUGGCACAGCUCUAUUUGUUCUUGGAAUUAAGUACAGUUUAACCCUGAACAACACGGGUUUGAACUGCUCAGGUCCAUGUUUAUGUGGAUUUUUAAAAAUACAGUGCAGUAUACUGUAAAUGUAACUUCCUUACGAUUUUCUUAAUGUUUUCUCUAACUUAAUUACAACAAUACAAUUUAUAAUACAUAAAAUUUAGAAAAUACAUGUUAAUUGACUAUGUUAUUGUUAAGGUUUCUGAUAAUAGAAAUUAAGGCUUCCAUUGCUUAACUACUUAGAAUUAGUAAAGUUUUGGGGGAGUCUUUGUCAUGUGUGGAAUUUUGGCUACAUAGGAGGUAAGCACCCCCAGCCCUUUGUUCAAGGGUCAGCUGUCCUGUGAGCCGCCGAGCCUGCUUUCUGGCUCAUGGUACCACCCAGCCUGUUCACACACCCGCCGGAGCGGUGUGGAUCCUUACUGCUUCCUGUCUUUGACUUUGUGUUACCCAAGGAUUCUGGAACUGUCCUUCUCUAAACGUGAAAGUGUUUCCUUUCCGUCCUGCUGAAAUUCUCUUCUUGCUAUUUUAUGCGGGAAGACAACCAUCCCUAGUCGAAUAUUUGAUGACUUCACCUGGUGUAGUCAGUGGCAGCUGCUGCCCUGCAUCCAGAUUUUAACAGCUACUUACCAACCUCUGAUCAGAGGACAUGUGGGCAAAGACUGCCUGUAUUGUUUCCUCAAUAGCAGUGACCUUCCGCCACUGACCAAAGCAACAGAAUUCAUUCUCAUGAGGUUCGGGAGGCCAGAUCCUUGAAACCCAGGUGCGGGCAGGGCUGGUUCCUCUAGUGUGUGGGGGCUGCUGCCAGGCCUGUGGAUACAGGGCUCUCGGGCUCCUCCCUGCCGUGGAGAGCCCCAUCCUGUCUUAACAGCCCUAAUUGGCUUGUGACCCUCCCUAUUCCGGUGUGACCUCAUCUUAACUCUUUCCAAACGAGGUCACAUCCCCAGCUUCUAGGGGCAGCGCUUGGACAUUUCGGGAGAUACAGUUCAGCCUGCCCCGUGACCCCUGCCCCCCAUCCCACUCCCGAACACGGCCUCUCCCGAGGCAGGGAUGAAACAUGGUCUGGAGGAGCUGGGCUGCCCUGUGCCACCGCCUCACUGAGCAGGAGCCGUAAGGGUUUGAUGCUAUAGAGCUCACCCUGCACACUGGCCCUUUUGUAGGAGUGAUCUUUGAGAAGUAAAAGCUGAAUAGCGAUACAUAAGCACCAAUUUCAUGCAUCUUAUUUAUAAAACAAUUUGCCCUCUAAAAUCUGUCCUCUAGAAUUUUUUUUUAAUGAAGAAAAUUAAGGGCUUAGAAUAUAGAAACAAAUUUCAUUCGCACCUUCCUCUCCUGCUGACCUUGUCUUCCAGCCCAGUGUGUCUGUCCUGCAUUUAUCUGGGGGUUCUCAGAAGCCCUGGCUUUUCCGAUAAUUCCCGCUUCAUCCUGAGUUUUUGCUCUGAACACACCUGGCUGCUGGUGCUACAAGUACCCUGUUUGCCAAGAACACCAUCCCAAAUGCAGCAGGCACCCCAGCAGUGUCCCUCCCAGCUCCCAGAGCUCAGGAUGCGCUGAGCCGCUGCUGCUCUGCUCUCAGGCCGGGCAGCUCUCCGGCCCCUGGACCAGAGCAGGAGGGCCAUCACCCUCCUGGCUCUGUGCCGGUUGGUUAAGGGGCUUGUGCACCAGCCUGCCCAAAGACUGUGAUCUGUGCUCACUGCCACCCAGUUCUUACUGAAAAUCUGCUGGUUGCACAAAAUCAUCCUGGGUCCACAAGGGAUAUUAGGGAAGAGAAGGAGCUUCUACCUGCUCAAUGCAUGGCCAGUAAAGAAGGGCUUAAGUUGAUAAUAGGACUCGGCGAAGGCAUGUAGAUACAAGGAUGACAUCUAAAUUAUGGUUAUUGCUUGACUUACCUAAAACAGCCUUUGGAACUUCUUACCCCAAAAGCAAGCUCACUCCUCCCGUGUGGUGUCUUCUGGAUGUUGGGGGCAGGCGGACCCCUGCUGUAGAACGGCAGCUCCUCCACAUCUGCAGGCAGCACUGCCUGCCUAGCCCUCCUGCAGGUGCUCCUGUCCCCACAGGGUCGUUCAGGGCCUAACUGUCCCCAGAAACCCUCUGCCAGCUCAGCUGCAGAAAGGGCCGCCAGCCCAGGACCACGUUCUCACCAUCUCCCAACACACCCUUCACUGUAGGUCAGCAAUGGUGCAGGCCUCCGGGAUGAGCACUUCACAGAGUUACUGGUGUUUGGUUUCCUCCAAAACUGCUCCAAGUGUAAUUUCCACAACGAGCUGGAGCUGCUGGGCCACGACCUGCCCCAGCAUGAUCACCUGCAGGAGGAGCAACAGGAUGAGCUGCAGACAGACGGCAACCGGUGCAGCUACCUGGGGAGGGAGGAGAGAGAUUCUGAGAAUCUAGAAGAGAUCAUCCAGGAUAUUGCCAGGCAGCUCGCCCAGGUUGGGGACAGGAUGGACCGCAGCAUCCACCCAGCGCUCGUGGACCACCUAGCAGUGCAGUUCAUGAAUGUGAGCCUGUUGGAGGAGGACAGAACAAGGUGCCUCUCUGCUGCUCUGGAGGAGGUCAUGCAGACCUGCCCUAAAGACCUGGAGGAGGAGAAGACCGUGCUUCUGUUGGCCAUGAUGCUGGCCAAGAAAGUGGCUGAUCACACCCCAAGCCUGCUCCGUGGCGUCUUUCGCACAGCAGUGAAUUUUAUUAACCAGAACCUGUUCACCUAUGUGAGGAACUUAGUCAGAAAUCGGAUGGACUGAGUAGUUGACUCCAUAGAAGCAUGUCUGGUUAAAACUUGACACGGCGACAAGCAGCAUGCCAGCCUCCAGCCGACAUAGAGCCCUGGCCAUUUAAAUGAAGGUUUCAGAGAAGAUGGGCAUGAGAUGAUAGCUAUUUAUUUCUAUUUUAAGGAUGAUGUUUCAAAAUACUUGAAUGAAAAUGUCCAAAUGAA